AGGCUACGGCGGCUUUAGUUGUCGGGCGGGUCGCAGGGCAGCAGCACGCAAUCUGUCAUCACGUGAGUGGUCACAAUGGUCUCUGAUGGUCCUGUCGUCGGCGAACAGCGUCGUCCAGCCUGCAAGAUCCUCUGAAGUCUCUUCGGUGGAAAGCCGACCUGGCGACCAACUGCGCGACAUCGACGACGAUAACGACGAGGAGGAGGCUUAGCUAUCUCCCGCUGGUUUAUUAGAACUUCAGUAGCAAAACACACUCAUUCAUGAUGACGGAAUAUUGGCUGAUUUCCGCGCCGGGAGACAAAACCUGUCAGCAGACGUGGGAAACUAUGAACAAUUUAACAUCCAAGCAGCACUCUCUAUCAGUGAACUACAAAUUUCACAUCCCGGAUCUGAAGGUUGGAACAUUGGAUCAGUUGGUUGGUUUGUCAGACGAUCUAGGCAAACUUGAUGGAUAUGUGGAGCAAGUAACGCGCAAAGUGGCGACGUAUUUGGGUGAGGUUCUGGAGGACCAGAGGGACAAGCUACAUGAAAAUCUGAUGGCCAACAAUAGUGAUCUGCCAUCAUAUAUAACUCGAUUCCAGUGGGACAUGGCUAAAUACCCCAUCAAACAAUCUUUGAGGAAUAUUGCGGAUAUUAUUAGUAAACAAGUGGGACAGAUUGAUGCUGAUUUAAAAACUAAAUCCACGAUAUACAACAAUUUGAAAGGCAGUUUACAAAAUUUAGAAAAGAAACAGACGGGGAGUUUAUUAACACGAAAUUUAGCAGACUUAGUAAAAAAAGAACAUUUUAUUCUGGACAGCGAAUAUUUAACUACUUUGCUUGUCAUUGUACCGAAAUCUAACUUUCAGGAAUGGUACGGUUGUUAUGAAAAACUGACAGAUAUGAUUGUACCACGCAGUACACAACUCAUUACUCAGGAUUCUGAAUACGGAUUAUUCACGGUCACUUUAUUUAAAAAAGUAAUGGAUGAAUUUAAAUUGCACGCUCGUGAAAAGAAGUUUAUUGUGCGAGAUUUUAUAUAUAAUGAAGAGGAAUUAGCAGCAGGAAAAAAUGAAAUUACAAAGUUGGUAACCGAUAAAAAGAAGCAAUUUGGACCACUUGUCCGUUGGUUGAAAGUGAAUUUUAGUGAAUGUUUUUGUGCUUGGAUUCAUGUUAAAGCUUUACGUGUAUUCGUUGAAUCCGUUCUUAGAUAUGGCUUACCUGUCAAUUUCCAAGCAAUAUUAUUGCAUCCGCAUAAGAAAUGCGCGAGGAGAUUACGUGACGCUUUGAAUCAGCUUUAUGCUCAUUUAGAUUCAUCUGCUACUGCUUCAACAGCGCACAAUCAAGAUAAUGUGGAUAUACCAGGAUUAGGUUUUGGCCAAAGUGAUUACUUCCCUUAUGUCUAUUAUAAAAUCAACGUGGAUAUGGUUGAUAGUAAGGUCUAAUUAAAGUCUGCGUUUUUCUCCUGAACAUCAUACUUCCUUUUAUUUAUCCAGAUGAUAUAAUUCUAUUACAUCAGGAAUCUAGUGGCAGGUGCGUACAAGUUUCUCACUUGCAUUAAUAUGUAAAAAGAAUAUUGCAUUUCCAAAAAAUUUCUUUCGAUUUUUCCGUAGCUGUUACGUUUAAUAAUUACGAAUCGCGUAAUUUACUACAAUUGGAGAAAAUUGUCACAUAGCCUUUUUCAGAAAUAGUUAUUUUUCUAAAUCGAUGAAAUUAGAACGAUGUAUAAACUGUAAUAUUGCUCGGAACUGUGCAUAAGAGUUGUGCAUUCCUUUAUACAUAUUGCUCCCAAGAGCCCCAAGUAUUGGGGUAUAAACAUAAAUCAAUUGAAGUUAUAGAUGAUAAUAAAGAUUCUCAGGCAAAUACCAUCAAUUGUAUGCUUUCGACUUGUAUGUCUUCUUGAUAUACUUGGAAACAGCACAUGUUUUACACGUUAUCGCAACAUAAAAAUGUAUAGCGUUUCUAAGUAGAAUUGCUACAAUGCAAUCUUAAUCCAUUAAUCUGUUAUAUAAAA